GGAAAACUGGUUUUGAUACUAAGAAAACGUUUCAGAAAUCAGUGGCAUUUCAAGUCUUGUAUUAGUUAGUCACAGCGACUAGCGCAGUGAAUUUUCAAACAUAUCGUACGAAUUAUUAGUGAUAAAGAAGCCAUUGUAAAGGGGAAUAAACGUAGAAGUGAAAAACAUGCUCAUCGAAACGAUUGUUGUGAUUUGCAUGCUUCUUUAUGCCUUUCACCAUUACACUAGAAAUGAUAGAAUAGGAAGGUAUGUUAAUAAAAUACCAGGGCCUCCUACCUGGCCAAUAGUCGGUAAUCUACCAGCUUUAUCUGCACCGCAUGAACAAUUAUGGCCAUUAGGAAUAAAAUGGGACAAACAGUAUUAUCCGAUUUACAAAAUUUGGACGACGCACAAAGCAGUCAUUGUUAUUCUCCAUCCUGACGAUGUCGAGACAUUGCUAACGAGUAUGGAGCACAUAGAGAAAAGUAUUAUGUACGAUAUGGUGCAUCCUUGGUUUGGAACAGGUUUAUUGACUAGUACAGGUGCCAAGUGGCAAAAGAGGAGAAAAAUAUUAACGCCAGCUUUCCAUUUUCAUGUUUUGCAAAAAUACUUUGAUAUAAUUGUAGAAAAUAACGAAAAGGUCAUGCAUUCUUUAAAAUCAAAUGGAUCCGUGAUAAAUAAUCUUGUGGAAUUAUUAACUUACUACACUUUGGAUGUUAUUUGCGAAACUGCUAUGGGGACGACACUGUUAGAUAAAGAGCAUCAGCAAAAGUAUCGAAAUGUCCUACAUGACGUGAGUAACGCUGUGAUUUAUAGGCUUAUGAGGCCAUGGUUUCAAGUCGAUUGGACUUUUCGCUGGACAAGUGUUGCAGAAAAGCAAAAGAAGGCUCUUGAAGUUAUUCACGGAUUUAGUAAAAAAAUUAUCAAGGAGAGAAAAGAAUACCACGAAAAAACUAAAGGUCACUACUUAAAUCAGUUGGAGUCAGAUCAGUCGGAUGACAAAAAAGAAGACGAAGAAUAUUUCGGAUAUCGCAAAAAGCGUUUAGCAAUGUUGGACCUCUUAAUAGCAAAACAGAAAGAUGGAAAUCAAAUAGAUGAUGCUGGUAUACGGGAAGAAGUUGAUACAUUUAUAUUCGAAGGUCAUGAUACGUCGGCGAUGGCUAUGUGUUUCGCAAUUUUACUGAUUGCCGAGCACAACGAUGUGCAAGAUCGCAUACGCGCCGAAGUGAAAGAAGUGCUGGAAAAAUCAGAAGGAAAAAUGGGCGUACCGGAAAUCCAGCAAUUAAACUAUCUCGAACUUUGUAUCAAAGAGAGUCUUCGUCUUUAUCCAAGUGUCCCAUUCAUUUCGAGAGGUGUUACAAAAGAUUUGCAUCUAAAAAAUUAUAUCGUGCCUAAAGGUACUUUGAUACAGAUAAACAUCUUCUCGCUGCACAGAGAUCCGAAUUUCUGGCCAGAUCCGGAAAAAUUCGAUCCGGACAGAUUCUUGCCGGAUAGAUUUCAAGGUCGUCAUCCAUAUUCAUACAUUCCCUUUAGUGCUGGGCCCAGAAAUUGCAUAGGUCAAAAGUUUGCGAUGAUGGAAUUGAAGGCCUUCAUCGCUCAUCUGAUCAGCGAAUUUUACCUAGAACCCAUAGACUUGGCCCACGAAGUGCUGAUUACACCAGACCUCGUUUUGCGUCCUGCUCGCCCGGUCAAAGUCAAAAUUGUGCCCGUUAACAAAUAAGCAACGAAAAAAAAAUUCCAAGUUUUCUUGAACUACAUUUCCUAAUCUUCGGCGUAUUUUUUGUCAGUAAACCACCUAAGGAGCAAGAAUCCUCUCUUGAACGUAGCUGAUCGCAUAUCUGACGUCUUUUUACCCUUCAUGGCGUUGCGAAUAAAGUCCAAGUGAGAGGAGACUCUGGCGUACACUGCUGGCUCAACAUCCUCGCGACAACCUUUAGGACUGCUGUUCGCCACUCCAAUUACCGUAGUCUCAUUGUACACCAAUGGGCUACCGCUGUCACCCUGUCAACGAAUUUGAUAACAGAAAAUAUAGUGUCGAAUGUUGUCUUAUAAAAAUAUAUCUUUAGUCAUAUUGA